AUGAAGGCCAAUUUAGUUUUUUCAGAUUUACUGCAAUGUUUUACACAACUACCGUUGAUCGAUAAUAUGAGAGCUAAAUUAGAUCUUUUGUUCUGUGAAUAUUUACUUAGAAUUGAAAGAGAACAUACAUGUCACAUGAUUAAGCUUCCUUCAGAUAUAAUAAUAGAUUUUGAGAGUGAAUUUGAAUCAUUGAAAAAACUAAUUGCUAUUGUGUUUCCUAAUUUUCACCAAACAUAUGGUGACAAUUUGAAUAUUAUGAUUAACAGAGUUAUUUUGACUCCAAAAAAUGAACAUGUAGAUGUAAUAAACAAUAUGUUAGUUAAAGAAAUUUCAGGAGAGAUAUUUACGUAUUUUAAUUUUGAUGAAGUAAUUGAUAAAAUAGAAGAAUUUCGUGAGGACUUUUUGAAUAGUCUAACUCCAAAUGGCAUCCCUCCACUUGAAUUUGUACUAAAAAGAAAUUGUCCUAUUAUUUUGUUUAGAAACAUUAAUCCUUCAGAAGGAGAUAAGCAUUCGAUACCAUUUAAGAGAACUCAAUUUUCCAUUCGUCCUUGUUUUGCAAUGACCAUUAACAAAGCUCAAGGUCUAACUUUAGAUUUCGGUGGACUAUAUUUGCCUGAACCUGUCUUCUCACAUGAUCAAUUAUAUGUAGCUUUAUCUAGAGCAAGAACAAGAGAAAACAUAAAACUUCUAAUAAAGCCAAUGGAUGAAAAAAAAUCGCACAAUUGUUGCACAAAAAAUGAGAAUAACAUUGAGCUAUACAAGGAUAGUCUUUCAGAGGACAUCUUGAAGAUGAUGAAAAUUGUAUUUGUUUCCCCUUGUUUUUCUUCUCUUUUAUCGACCUUUCAGAGCUCUCAAUUUGUUCAGCUGUUGAUAUCUCAUUUGGUUUAUCGCAAGAAACAAUACUUGUAUCGAGAGGGACAUCUUGUUGCAUGA